AUGGGCAUUCUUCGUUUGCCAUCAAUGAUUUCAAGUGCAAAGCAAAUUCUGAAAAAGCAAUCUUUUCAAACAAGAAAUAUGAAUGUACCUAAAGGUUAUGUUGCUGUUUAUGUUGGAGAACAACUAGAAAAGACAAGAUUUGUCGUUCCGAUAUCCUACUUAAAUCAUCCGUCUUUUCAAGAUUUGCUUCAUCAAGCCGAACAAGAAUUCGGAUUCAAUCAUCCAAUGGGCGGUCUUACGAUUCCUUGCGACGAAGACGCUUUCAUUAAUCUUACCUCUAGCUUCCAUUCAUUGUAA